CCCACCAAGACUUGCCCAGAACCUUCUCCAAGCACCGGGCAGCUUCCAGAGACGUCAUGCACCAUCGGGCAUGAACAAGCAGCGACUCCCAGCGCCUUGGAGCCACCAGACAGGACACUUAAUCAGACCACCGGCUCGUAAGGCAUAACCAAGUUUCUGGUGAAUUCCACGAUCCACUGCAGAGUGAGAAUAAAGCUUCCUUCGAGUUUCAUGCUACUUUCUUUGUUCUCUCUGUUUUCCUAUCAUAACUAAACAUCAAGAUACCCCAAUACAGAUUCCUCUUGUUGAAGUAACACUCUUCGCAUUUUGCUUUGCAUUGAAAGCAAGACACACACCUUUUGUACUGAUCUCGCUUUGAAACAACACACACAUUACGCACGCUAUCACAAGUCACAAAUCACAAACACCCCAAUUGGGUUUUACAGUGGAAAGACACUGUUUGUACACAACUCAUCAUGAACAAAAUGGAGUUCACAGACCGGGGCAAGAAGGCCUUGGAAGAUGCCAUGGCUCUGGCUGAGCAGUAUGCCCAUUCUCAGCUACUUCCUAUCCACCUCGCAGUCUCACUUCUCGACCCACCGCCAGACCUCUCCAAGGACCAACAGAACCCGACGCCCGGAACGCAAAACAGCCUCUUCAGACAGGUCAUUGAGAGAGCACAUGGCGACCCCCAACUCUUCGACCGAGCACUCAAGAAGACGCUGGUUCGGCUGCCAAGUCAAGACCCGCCACCCGAAAACGUGUCUAUGGCCCCUUCCUUCAGCAGCGUGCUGAGAAAGGCUCAAGAACUUCAGAAGACGCAGAAAGACACUUAUAUCGCAGUCGAUCAUUUGAUCACGGCGCUGUCGGAAGAUCCGACGAUCACGGCGGCGCUCAAGGACGCCAAUAUUCCCAAAUCGAAGUUGGUGCAAGAUGCGGUUCAAACGAUCCGCGGGACGAAGCGAGUGGAUUCCAAAACAGCUGACACGGAGGAGGAGCAUGAGAACCUCGCCAAGUUCACCAUUGAUAUGACUGCCAUGGCGAGGGAAGGCAAAAUCGACCCAGUCAUCGGCCGAGAAGAAGAAAUCAGACGCGUUAUUCGGAUUUUGUCCCGCCGGACCAAAAACAACCCAGUAUUAAUAGGUGAACCCGGUGUCGGUAAGACAACUGUCGUUGAAGGCUUGGCCCAACGAAUCGUCAACGCCGAUGUUCCCGACAACCUCGCUGCGUGCAAGCUCUUGUCUCUCGACGUUGGAGCUCUGGUUGCCGGAAGCAAGUACCGUGGUGAAUUCGAGGAGAGAAUGAAGGGAGUUCUUAAGGAGAUCUCCGAGUCGAAAGAUAUGAUCGUUCUGUUCGUGGAUGAAAUCCAUUUGCUUAUGGGCGCUGGCUCUUCGGGCGAGGGUGGUAUGGACGCGGCAAACUUGCUGAAGCCCAUGCUAGCUCGUGGGCAGUUGCACUGCAUUGGUGCGACCACACUCGCCGAAUACCGAAAGUACAUCGAGAAGGAUGCCGCAUUCGAACGACGUUUCCAACAGGUCAUUGUCAAAGAGCCUACCAUUCCCGAAACCAUCUCGAUUCUUCGAGGUCUCAAGGAAAAAUACGAGGUUCAUCAUGGUGUCACCAUUGCCGACAGUGCCAUUGUGGCGUCAGCGAAUCUGGCAGCACGAUAUCUGACCUCGCGCCGACUGCCAGAUUCGGCCGUAGACCUGGUGGACGAAGCCGCGGCUGCUGUCCGAGUUGCACGAGAGUCACAGCCAGAAAUCAUCGAUUCCUAUGAGCGUAAGCUGCGCCAGCUCAAAAUCGAGAUUCACGCUUUGAGCCGAGAAAAAGACGAGGCUUCUAAGGCUCGGCUCGCCCAGGCCAAACAAGACGCCGAGAACGUUGAGGAGGAGCUCCGACCACUCCGUGAGAAGUACGACAGCGAGAGGCGGCGGGGUAAGGAGAUCCAGGAGGCGAAGGUGAAGCUAGAUCAGCUCAAGGUUAAAGCGGAAGAUGCCGCAAGAGUGGGUGACCACGCCCGAGCCGCCGAUCUUCAAUACUACGCCAUUCCUGAGCAAGAGACCGUGAUCAAGCGACUUGAGAGGGAGAAAGCUGCUGCGGAUGCUGCUCUUAGUCAUAACGAUAUGGGCGGUUCAAUGGUAACGGACGUCGUUGGACCUGAUCAGAUCAACGAGAUCGUUUCUCGAUGGACUGGUAUCCCCGUCACGAGACUCCGGACGUCGGAGAAGGAGAAGCUCAUCAAGAUGGAGCAGGUUCUUAGCAAGAUAGUGGUGGGACAGCGGGAGGCCGUCACUGCUGUGUCGAACGCCAUCAGACUGCAGCGCUCUGGUCUGAGCAACCCGAAUCAACCUCCCAGUUUCCUGUUCUGUGGUCCUUCGGGAACUGGUAAGACGCUACUCACAAAGGCUCUUGCCGAGUUCUUGUUCGACGACCCCAAGGCUAUGAUUCGCUUCGAUAUGUCAGAGUACCAGGAGCGACAUGCCUUGAGCAGGAUGAUUGGUGCACCGCCAGGAUACGUCGGACAUGACUCUGGCGGUCAAUUGACAGAGGCCCUGCGUCGCAAGCCAUUCUCCAUUCUGCUAUUUGACGAAGUGGAGAAAGCUGCCAAGGAAGUUUUGACGGUGCUCCUUCAGCUCAUGGACGACGGCCGCAUCACCGAUGGUCAAGGCCGUGUCGUCGAUGCCAGAAACUGUAUUGUUGUCAUGACGUCGAAUUUGGGUGCUGAGUUCCUUUCUCGCCCUACUGGCCGUGACGGCAAAAUCGACGGGACCACACGAGAACUGGUCAACAAUGCUCUGCGGAACUACUUCUUGCCCGAAUUCCUCAACCGUAUCAGCUCCACGGUGAUCUUCAACCGUCUGACACGCAAGGAGAUUCGCAAGAUUGUUGACCUGCGCAUCAGUGAGAUACAGAAGCGGUUGGCAGACAAUGAUCGGAAGGUGCUCAUUGAAGUCAGCGACGACGCUAAGGACUAUCUGGGCAAUGCGGGCUACUCGCCAGCCUAUGGUGCCAGACCGCUCGCACGGCUCAUCGAGAAGGAAGUACUCAACAGGAUGGCCAUUCUCAUCCUGCGCGGCAGCAUCAGGGAUGGUGAGGUGGCUAGGGUGACGCUGGUGAACAACAAGAUCCACGUCAUGCCCAAUCACACGGACAGCGACAUUGACGAUGAGGACAUGUUGAUUGAUAACGAGGAUGCUGUUGACGAGCUCGUGGGAGAUGACAUGGACGAGGAUAUUUACGACUAAGGGCUCAUUGCGAAGCGUUGCGAAUUACGAGGCACGAGCAUUAAUAAUGGACGUGGCGUUUAUGGAUCAUGUAGCAGGCAUUUGUCUGCAGGAAACAAAACCGGGCGCAUAACGUACAACACCACUUUUCCGGCCACCCACCUUUUUGGCCACAUAUUGCAAUCCAAUUGAAUGUAUUUGAAACAGUGUAUUCAACGUACUAUUAUAGCUAUUCAGGUACAACCAGCU